CUCUUCCGCGACUCCGGGUUCGACUCCCUGGAGGAGGCCGGCAACCAGGACUUCCAGGAGGUGGCCAGCAAGGGGCGGCACGGCCACGAGGACCACAAGCACUCCUCGGAGGAGAAGGGAGGCAAGUGGGAAGACGAUGCGGACCAAGGUGAGGAAAAGGGAGGCAAGCACCUCGAGGCGGCGGGGCAGAGGGGGGAAGGCCACCUCCACGCCGACAAGCACGACACCUCCGCCGGGAAAAAGGUGUGUUCCUAACCGCGGCCCUCCCAGCCCCGGCGGCCCCAGCCGGGACUCACCCAGCGCGGCCCAGCGCCACAGGAGUCCACCUCCUAACAAAGCAGAGACCACGAUCAACGAAACAACGGCCAUGACUGCUUCCGUUUCUCUCGCCUUCCAGGGUUUUAGUGACAAGUACAACUUCGACAAAACGAAAAAGCACAGCUCCUUCUAUAAGAACGGCCAGAAGAAGGGCUCGUUCAAGGAGUGGGGCCACGACGACUCGUACUUCUUCGACAACGACGCCGGCGACGAGACGGGCAAGUUCGAGAAGAGCGGCUCGCGGGAGAAGCACUCGGGGCACUCGGGCAAGUCGGCGCACCAGCACGCCGACGCGGCCGGCGACGAGUGGGGCGGCAAGAAGGGCUUCCAGAACCACUACAGCGACACGGAGCGCUUCGCGGACAAGGACCGCCACCACAGCAGCGACGGCUACGGCUACGGCAGCCAGGACGGCCACGCCGAGUACUACAAGCACACGCCAGGCUUCUACUCGUGGGGCUGAAGGCUUGAACGGCCCGCGGGACCGAGUGGUGC